AGGGGUGCUCAGCCUGUCCCAGGACUGGGAGAACAACGGGGCAUCUGGAUGUGCGGUGCCAGCUGAGACUCGGUCUGGUUUUUCCCCAGGUGCCGGUGCCCAGAGGGGCCAGGACUUCAAGCUGCACCAGCCCCAGGACAAGGUGUCGGUGAAAGCAGGGGAGACGCUCACCCUGAACUGCACCGUGUCUGGAUCCUUUGCACCUGGUCCUGUGAAGUGGCUGAAGGGCUGGGGCACUGAGAACAGGACCAUCUAUGAGGACACUACGGGCCCUGCUUCCCUCCGUGUGACGAGAGCAGUGGAAGGGUCCAACACAGACUUCACCAUCCACAUCAGGGAUGCUCAGCCCGAGGAUGUCGGCACCUAUUACUGCGUGAAGUUCCAAAAGUCCCUGAGCGGUGGGAAUGAGGUGUUUCGGCAUGGAAGUGGCACAGAGGUGUCUGUGCUCGCCAAACCCUCCACCCCGAUCGUGUCCGGGCCCAGCCAGAGAACGAGGCCGGGGCAGUCAGUGGCUUUCACCUGCACGGCUGGAGGGUUCUUUCCCGAAAACAUUGGUGUGAAAUGGUUCAAGGACAAAGCCUCCGUCUCAUCUCAGCUGCCCCAGGUCACUGAAUGGCGGGAGAAAUCCUACAACAUGUCCAGCAAUGUGACAGUGGUCCUAGAGGAGCGGGACGUCCUCUCACGGCUCAUCUGUAAAAGCUCACCAACUGCCAGGUUACAUGAGCCGGAGAAGAGCAGCGAGGCCACAACCCAGGCUGCAGUAGGAUUGAUUCCAGCGUGGAGCUGUGGGUUGGCGAGUGGGUGGUGGGUCCAGGGAGAUCCUGGCUUGUCCUCCCAGAGGAGGAACUCUCUGUGUCUCGCACAGGAAUCCGACCCCAACAACCUGACCUAUGCAGACCUGAACUUUGACAAGGAGAGGAAGACCAUCCGCCGGAUGGUGGAGAUGAGCCAGCAGUCGGAGUACGCCUGCAUCCAGACCAGCCAGGCCCCCAACGGCGGCGAUGACAACCUCACCUACGCCGACCUGGACAUGGUGCAUCUCAGCAAGGCGCCCAAGCGGCCGGCCCCGCGCCCCGAGGAGGCCAGCUCUGAGUACGCCAGCGUCCAGAUCCCCAGGAAGUGAGCAGUGGCUGCUGGGACCCCCUGUCCCACGGGGGGCAGCUCUGCUCCUCCCCGGGAGGGUUCUCCUGGAAGCACUGGGAGCAAUGUGAAGAUGCGCUGCGGUACCUGUGUUUUAGGACGGAAGUGGAGCCGGUGAUACUGUGGGGGUCAUCUCCCAUCCACAGAGACCUGAUUUUUGGGGCCAGCUUGGUCUUAGGGCUGCCGGCUCCAUCCCCUCGGGACCCCCCUCGGGGGUCGCUCAGCCUCAGUGUGCCGGGUUUGCCCACGAGCGGGUUCAGCCAGCGGAGCAGCAGCUCCUUGGGAAGCUCGAGCUGGGCUGAGGGGACAGGUACAGUGCCUCCACACCAGCUCUCAUGGGGAUGCCACUGCCUGGCCCACGGCUCCCCGGGACCAGCAGGGCCCCCACACUGCCUUCUGGGGCUCUGCCACCACGCCUGGACACCACACUCUGGCUUUAAAGGAAGGACCGAAGCGUCCGCCUCUCUUCCCAAGUGUCCCUUCUGCGGGACCUCGGUCUCGCCCCAAGGCCAAGAGGCUGGAAGGCCAUCGAGCCGAGCCCCCACCCUGCCCUCCAGCGGGGCUCCAGGUCUGGCUCCCCAGCACCAAGUAUCCUUCUCAUCAUCAUCUUCCUCUGCACAGCCUUGCCCUGCACCGGGACCCACCAGCGCUGCCCCAGGCUUGUACAAAGCGUGCGGGGGUCCCCCCAGCCUGGCUCCCCGCCCCGGGAGCUCCCCGCAGGUACCAUGUAACAUGUUUUGACUGUUUUGACAUGUAACUGUUAAUUUUUAGAGCUGAACUCCCCCCUGAUGUUUUGUGUUGUACGUGGGUGUACUGCUGUGUACUUAACACUAGAAUAAGAUGUGCAAGAUUAAGA